AUGGAGCACUCUGAAGGUACCUCUGUUAGCGGCUCCACCCCCAGGGCAAGCAGCCACGAAGUCCAGCGCAUCAAUGACACCCUAGAUAUUGAAAAGGGUCGUGAAUCCGAGAAUACAUACGAGGUGCAGAGCAAACAGCCUCAAGAUCCGAAUAUCGUGGACUGGGACGGUCCCGACGACCCAGAGAACCCGCUCAAUUGGUCCAAGAGCAAGAAACUGAAGGCGACGGUGUCAAUUGCGCUCAUUACGCUUCUUACCCCUCUCGGGUCGUCUAUGUUCGCACCUGGCGUGAUUGAGCUGGUUCAAGAUUUCCAUAUCACAAGUACUCUGCUGUCUUCAUUCGUUGUCUCCGUCUACCUGCUCGGAUACUCUAUCGGGCCACUCCUAAUUGCGCCUUUAUCUGAGAUCUACGGACGGCGAAUUAUCUUCAACGUGUGCAAUGUGAUAUACGUGGUUUUCACGAUACUGUGUGCCGUCGCACCAGAAAUUGGCAGCUUGAUUGUUUUCCGGUUUUUUGCGGGUUGCGCAGGAAGCUGCCCCUUGACGAUUGGCGCUGGUUCCAUCGCAGACAUGUAUGUCCGAGAAAGAAGAGGACGCGCAAUAUCGUCUUGGGCCAUGGGCCCUAUUCUCGGGCCAGUCGUUGGUCCUGUCGCGGGUGGAUACCUCUCACAGGCCAAAGGAUGGCGAUGGACCUUCUGGGUGCUGGCAAUGGCGAGUGGCGCUGUCACCAUCAGCUCGUAUUUUACAAUCAAAGAGUCAUACGCACCAACGCUUCUUGAAAAAAAGGCAAAGAAACUGCGCAAAGAGACUGGAAAUCCUAACUUACGCUCCGUCCUCGAUCGAGGAAAAACCCCACGUGAGUUGUUCAUGUUCUCAAUCGUCCGACCGGUUAAGAUGUUGGUGUUCUCGCCGAUUGUCAUCAUGCUCUCGACGUACGUGGCACUCGUCUACGGAUAUCUGUAUCUUCUCUUCACCACCAUCAGUGAAGUUUUCACCGAGCAAUACCAUUGGUCCCAAGGAUCCGUGGGUCUUGCAUAUCUCGGGAUCGGAAUUGGAUCUCUUUUCGGUCUUAGCGUGCUGAGCGCUACCUCCGAUUCAUUGCUGAAAUUCCUUACACGAAAGCACGGAGGUGAGCCAAAGCCCGAGUAUCGUCUGCCUCCCAUGAUCCCUGGGGCUCUUCUGGUCCCGAGCGGCCUGUUCAUCUAUGGAUGGACAGCCUACUACAGGACCCAUUGGAUUGUUCCCAUCAUUGGCACAUCCUUACUGGGCCUUGGCAUGUUGUUGUCGUUUAUGACCGUCAGUACUUAUCUCGUUGACGCAUACACUAUCUAUGCUGCUUCUGCUGUGGCUGCUAACACCGUCCUUCGGUCCCUCGUUGGAGCAUUGCUUCCCCUUGCCGGACCCAGGCUCGCAUUCUCACCAUUGCCUAUAAUCUUUUAUCUCUAUGGCGAGCGUAUAAGAAAAAGCAGGCUCGCCCAGGUCGAAUUCUAA